AGCGUGUGACGGCGGGGAGCUAAGGAUUAAUGGGAAAAGUUUUGGCAGGAGCGGGCGGAUUUUGCGGAGCCUGUGGGACGGCUGUGGUAUCGCGGUGCGCGGCGGGGACAGUGUCGUGCAGUGAUUGGGGCAUGCGCCCGGCACCCCCCCAGCGGCUUCUGCUUACGGACAGAUGAGGACAGAUGCACCCUAGAGGGAACAAAGCAGUUUUUAAGAUUCUGUGCACCCUGUAGUCCUGACUAUUUCAAAGGCUGAGGCUGGAGAAUCACUUGAGCCCAGAAGUUAGGAGCCAGACUGGGCAUCAUAGCUGACAGGAACUGCCCUGUAGAGGUCCCUCUGUGCGCAGACCCAGAUGAUGCCAGAGCUAUGACCAGGCCUGCAGGCGUGGUACCGAGGGGAGAUCAGCCAUGGAGCAGCCGCAGGAGGAGACCCCUGAGGUCCGGGAAGAGGAGAAAGAGGAAGUGGCAGAGGCCGAACGAGCCCCAGAGCUCCACGGGGGACCAGAGCAUGUACUUCCCUCCAGCAGCUAUGCAGACCUCCCUCAAGGAGCCUCACCACCCUCGCUGCUGGACCAGCUGCAGAUGGGCUGUGACGGGGCCUCAGGCGGCAGCCUCAACAUGGAAUGCCGGGUGUGUGGGGACAAGGCGUCUGGCUUCCACUAUGGUGUCCACGCAUGUGAGGGCUGCAAGGGCUUCUUCCGCCGGACCAUCCGUAUGAAGCUGGAGUAUGAGAAGUGCGAUCGGAACUGCAAGAUCCAAAAGAAGAACCGCAACAAGUGCCAGUACUGCCGCUUCCAGAAAUGCCUUGCCCUGGGCAUGUCGCACAAUGCCAUCCGCUUUGGCCGGAUGCCGGAGGCUGAGAAGAGGAAGCUGGUGGCAGGCCUGACAGCCAACGAGGGGCACCCACACAACCCGCAGCUGGCUGACCUGAAGGCCUUCUCCAAACACAUCUAUAGCGCCUACCUGAAAAACUUCAAUAUGACCAAAAAGAAGGCCCGCAGCAUCCUCACUGGCAAGUCCAGCCACACGGCGCCCUUUGUGAUCCAUGACAUCGAGACACUGUGGCAGGCAGAGAGGGGCCUGGUGUGGAAGCAGCUGGUGAGCGGCCUGCCGCCCUACAAGGAGAUCAGUGUGCACGUGUUCUACCGCUGCCAGUGCACCACGGUGGAGACCGUGCGUGAGCUCACCGAGUUCGCCAAGAACAUCCCCAACUUCAGCAGCCUCUUCCUCAACGACCAGGUGACCCUGCUCAAGUAUGGUGUGCACGAGGCCAUCUUUGCCAUGCUGGCCUCCAUUGUCAACAAAGAUGGGCUGCUGGUGGCCAAUGGCAGUGGCUUUGUCACCCACGAGUUCUUGCGCAGCCUGCGCAAGCCCUUCAUUGAUAUCAUUGAGCCCAAGUUUGAGUUUGCUGUCAAGUUCAAUGCCCUGGAACUCGACGACAGUGACCUGGCUCUGUUCAUUGCAGCCAUCAUUCUGUGCGGAGACCGGCCGGGCCUCAUGAAUGUGCCUCAGGUGGAGGCCAUCCAGGACACCAUCCUGCGCGCCCUCGAGUUCCACCUGCAGGUCAACCACCCCGACACCCAGUACCUCUUCCCCAAGCUGCUGCAGAAGAUGGCCGACCUGCGGCAGCUGGUCACUGAGCAUGCCCAGAUGAUGCAGUGGCUCAAGAAGACCGAGACUGAGACUUUGCUGCACCCACUACUGCAGGAGAUCUACAAGGACAUGUACUGAGCCUGCGCCCAGGCCUCUGCAGGCCCCAGGAGUCUGGACACACGAGCCCUGGCUCCCCUGUCCCCUUUUCCCCCGUGCUUUGCUCUUCCACCUUCCCUUUGUGUCUGUCAUUUCUGGUCUUGCCUGCUCCCUCUUCCCUCUGCACCUGUUUCCCUUCUUGCUCUCUUCGCCCCUACCUCUCUCCUGUCCGAGACAGUCUGUGUUCUCUCACCAACAGCCUAGAUUAGGACCCUCUCCCACCUUUCUCUCCGAGGAGUGGCCCCGCCCCCUCCCUCCAGGCCACACCCCUAGGCCCUGCCCCCUGGCUUCAGGUUCCGCCUCCUGUAGCAGUCUGAAUCCUGGAGCCCUCCAAAGAAACACUAAGCUUUCUGGGCAAGGCUUCUUCAGAAGCUUAGCCUAGACUGAGCCGCAGCAGCCUGUGAUCCCUGGGUCCCAGCUGCAGAGGACUGUGGGCAGGGCACCUGGCCGGGACCCAGAUGUGUUCCCCACACUGCCUCCUGCUGGAGACCGAGGCUGGACCCAGACUCGAGCCCCUCCCAGCUCCUGUACCCCACAACCUUCCUUUCUGUGCACCAGUUUUCUAGACCAACAUGGCUAGUGGCUCCUGCACCAGCUGCACCCCUAGCCUGGAUGGAACCAGGGUUCUCUACAAGUAGGGCCCUGUACCCCACUAAGCAGGGAGGUGGAGGCUGGUUGCAAGGAACAGUACAUUUAAUUCUGAGUCCUGGGGCAGGCCUUCAUCACCACCCACUCCCCGCCGUCAGCCCCCAGUGCCUGGCCUGACAUUUGCCCCUUUUGCCAGCAGGAGGUGCUGGGCCCAGCCCCACCCAACACUUACAGAGCUGCUGCCCCAGCGCACAUCCUGUACUGCACUGCGAUCACUUUACCCACAUUUCUGUGCCUCCCUCUCCCUCUCCCUGAGAGGUACGUGCCAGGCAGCCUCUGUCCCCAGGCCAGGCAGGUCCAAGUGGGCAAGGUGUCCACCCAGAAGGAGCUGCCAGGGGCACGCUGCCCUGUUUGCUCGACAGACGGUGAGCUGAUCUCUGGAAACUGUCCCUGAGCAGCCUCUGGGACCUGCUCAGACUGGUCCUGUGGCUGAGGCCAGCCACUUCAGUCCCUGGUGGAAGUGCAGGCACCUCAGAGGAGGGACUGAGGCCGGGGCUGGGUGCAGGAUCAGCGAGAGGGUCUGCCAGGCCGUAGAGGUGAGGGACUAGGUAAGGCCAGGAUUUGAACCUGGGCUUCCUGUGCUCUGCCUAGUCCUUCCCAAGGGCCUUUGGGAGGGGAGGAAGGGGCCUGCCUCUGCCCCUGCCAGCCUGGUGGACACUUGUGUCCCUGGGCCCAUCUACUAGAAGAUCCUCACCUGUGCACUCCUGUACUGGCCCAGCCAACUUCGUGCUGGGGCGCCACCCUCUGCGCCAAAGCUGUGAAGGAGGGCAGUGCCCACGCCCGCCCCCGCUCCGUCUUGCUGAGGGCCUUGGACCUCAGUAUCUCUGCAAUCUCCAAUACUGAAAUGUAUAUUUUUGCUAGGAGCCCAACUUCCUGUGUUUUUAAUAUAAAUAGUGUACACAGACUGACAGAACUUUAAACUUUAAAUAAAUGGGAAUUAAGUAUUUAAGAGCUGA